CCAGCAGCUACGCAAUCCGCCCAGGAGUGUUUCAGCACAGGAUGGGGUCCGGGUUUGUAUCCAACAAGGUGGAGGAAAGCAUUCGACGCAAUAUCGCCUGGAAGGAUUUAAGCUCGGACGUGCGUAAGGCUCUAAACAACGAUGAGGCUGACUAUCGUAAACAAAUUGUGGAGUACAGUUUGCUCAAUCAACUACGAUUUCGUGGCAACAUCGUCUACAGUGUGACGAAAAAUGAGAAAAAAUAUUACGAACGGUUGGUGGAGGUAAACAUACGAGCGCUCCACAUAUUCCCUUAUCAUCUGGCUGACGUUAUCACGAAGGGAUUGCGCGUUACACCAUUCAACUACUAUACAGACAUGAUUGCAUUCCUCCUGACACACGAUAAAAAUUAUGACGCACUGCCCAACUUUACCGCUGCCGACUGUCUACGGGUGCUGGGUAUUGGACGGAACGAGUACUUGUCCAUAUCGAGCGACCUCAAGUCCAGCUCACCGCGUUCAUUUUUCAAGAAGAAUCCAUACCAUUUCCUGCCAAAAUUUCCACGUACCAUAACGAUGCAUCCGUGGUGGAUCGUUGAGAUAGGUCACAUACUGGAAAAAGACGUCGAGAACCUUAGCAUUGAAGAGAUCAACACGAUUGAUCAGUUGAUUGACUUUGGUCCGCAAACGGCCGGUACGCUGAACUUAGAAACGGUACAGAAACUGUACCGCAAAGGUCUGAUCUAUCUGGACGUGCCGAUCAGCAGCGACGAUCGCAUAAACAUUCCACCGCUCCGAAACUUUGUCAUGAAUCGUGUCGCGGGCGAUUACUUUGAAAAUUUGCUCUACAAUGUGUUUGUUACGACAGAUGAGCAAUGUACCAUUUCCGAGCUUUCACAAAUUCUUCAAGUACACAUGGACACCGUGAAGCAAGCUACAUCACUGUUCUGUCGAUUGGGAUUUGCCAAAAUAAAGAAUGCCUUUUCCGAGUUCAAGCUGGAUGAAAGUUGGCUCAAGCCGCAAGCGGACGGUGGUGAAGAUUCGGCCGCAUACAACUACCACGCACUGUUGCUUUCGGAAGUACCGCUCGAGGUGAAACCAUCACCCGAUGGUAGCAUAACGUCCGUACCCUUCUUCCCUCCAUCCGACCCAUCCAGUCCAACGUCUCCAACGGCACCAAGCGAUUCGAAUGGAGCUUCCUUUUCCAAAGAGAAAACUACACCGGAAGCAGGCAAUAGUUUCCGGUCGGCAAAACGUGUCGGGUUUCUGUUCGACUCCACGCUAACGGCCUUCCUCAUGAUGGGUAACCUUUCGCCCGGGCUCAAAACGCACGCCAUCACACUGUUCGAGGUGGGCAAACUGUGCGACGAAGGGAUGGCGGAUUUGCUGGAAGAGCUGGAAAAGGUAUCGAUGCUGGAUGCGGAAUCGGAGGGAGAGGUUAGCCGGUACUUCAAUCAUGCGGUGCUGCUACGCUCGACGAUUGUUGCGCUGAAAGGUUCGUUAAAGAUUGAGCUGGAUCUGUUGCGGCUCGAAAGCAUCGAGGGGCUGGACGUGCAGACGCGCAAUCGACUGUUGGAGCGCAAGUACAAGUACCUUAUAUCGGCGGCACCACUAUCGGGCUCGCUGUCUAGUCAGUUUACCAUUCCAUUUUUUGGCCAAUUUUACCAAAGCUCGGCUGAUUCGCACAUUUGGUCGAAGCUGUUCUACUACCACAUGGGAGGAUACGGUCCGCCAUCUUUAUUUUUGAAGAAAGGUACCGUUUUGAAAUCUUUGCCUCGAAUGUUUCUCGGCUAUGGGAAGCUUCUAAUUACAAUUGUCAAUACCGAUUCGUAUGUGCUAAACUCGGAAAAGUUUUAUACACUGAACGAGCACCUCAAGAACGAAUGUUUGCUAAUCCAGGGGUAUGGAAUCAAUGAACCGGCCAAAGUACACUACGAGCCUUUCCCGUUCGACAUUAACGAUGAAAACAAUCGAUGGGGACAGCAUGCCGCCUGGAACGGGUUGUCACAAGUCGUGAACAUCGAGCAAACGUUCGGUUAUGUUACGUUCAUCAAUACAGGCGUCCCUGAUUUAGGCUGCGACAAUUAUAAUCCUGCAGUUGUACUUAAACGAACAGGAGAAAAGAAGCAAAAAAAUGUACCAAAACCAGAAGAGAUCGGUAAAGCAAUAGUAACGCCUUCGCCGAAAACUACAUCGACCAAGGAGGAGGAUAGUGUUGCCGAGGAAAAUAGUGUACCAGCUGCCGAGGACGCGAAUGGCGUUGUGGAAGAAGUCAACGAUAAGCUAGCAGUACUGCAAACUACAGAAUCGGACUCAGAUACAGAAAUCUCGAGGAAAAAUUCACUACAAAAUGCAGCAGAGGAUUGGACUAUACUGGACAUAAAUUUUGGUAUUCCGCUUUUCGAUGUUGAUUGUAACACAAAAAUUUGUCAAUAUAUUCUGCAGCGCUUGUGCAUUGACGAUAACAUAUCAAUGUUGAAGGAGGUGAAUCAACAGAUGGAACGGAAAUACCUUAAAUUUAUCUCCCAGUGCUUGUUUUUUGAAGACGAAAAUAUGGAGCUAAUUAAGGUGGGAAAGUACGUGCCAAAGCUGCGCAUAAAUCUUGCAUACGAAAAUGGAAAAGUGCAAAGUUGGGACGGUAAAUGA